GUGUGUGUGCGUGCGUGCUGACGUCGUGUUGAUGGCGCUCCCCGGCAGCAUGGCGGCUCCCCUCACGUAACAGAGGCGCAGCGACUGUUGGCGCCGGGUGGGCUGGUGGUGCCGCGGGUGGGCAGGACGAGACAUGGACCGGGUACACCUGGACUUCCCGGCCUUGCCCUCCUCGAGGGAGAACGCGGGGGAUUGGAUCUAUCCAAUGAGAAGAGCAAUGCAGGAAAUACUGCCUGGCUUGUACUUGGGCCCGUAUUCUGCCGCUAUGAAAAGUAAGCUUCCUAUUCUUGAAGAAAAUGGAAUAACUCACAUCAUUUGUGUACGGCAAGAUAUUGAAGCCAACUUCAUCAAAGCAAAUUUUCAAGAGAAGUUUAGGUAUUUAAUUUUGGAUAUCGCUGAUAAUCCAGUGGAAAAUAUAAUACGGUAUUUCCCUGUGACUAAAGAAUUCAUUGAUGGAUGCUUGAAAAAUGGAGGAAAAGUUCUUUUACAUGGAAAUGCAGGUAUUUCUCGAAGUGCAGCCUUGGUGAUAGCAUAUGUAAUGGAAACAUUUGGUGUUAAGUAUAGGGAUGCCUUUACCUAUGUUCAGGAAAGGAGAUUUUGUAUCAAUCCAAAUGCUGGAUUCGUCCAUCAGUUGCAGGAAUAUGAAGCCAUUUAUUUAGCUAAAUUGACGAUAAAGAUGAUGUCACCACUCCAGCUGGGUAGAUCUGUUCCUGCACAAGUUGUUCUCAGGAUAUGGGCGCUACUGGAAAUCCAACAUUUAUCACCCAUCCUUAAUUGCCCUGUGAAGGCCUUAUUUUAACUGCUGGCAAUCCUUCUACUGAUGGUAUUCAUACCAAGGUGUUAGGAACAUUGAAAAGAACACUGGAGGAUGAUGAUGAUUUUUCAAGUAUGCAGGUGGCUGUGGCGCAUGAUGGGUAACCUGUAACUACCCCGUGGCUUGUAAUGGAUGUGAUUACUGUAUUAAAUAUUAAGCAAGUAGAAGAAGGAAGUGGUAUGGACUACUUAAGAUUACAAAUACUAGAAGCUGAUAUUACAUGGCACAUUUACUUUAUUUCCAUUUCUCAGCUGUCUUGCUACUUCUGAGGAAGUGAUGCUGGAACAGAGAACUUGCCCUUAAGAACAACCUGGAGCAACGUUUGCCUGUGAAAUUGUAUUAUAGUGGUUUAAUUCUGACCAGAAAGAGGAGCAAAUGAUUUUUUGAUGGAUUUACGUCUUCAUAUGCUAAUUUUACAUUUUUUACCAAAACUGCCAUUUUGACAGUUACUAAGUACGCAUGUGCAAAUAAUACAUGGAUGCACUUUUGAUACUUGAAUUUUGAUUGUACGUAAGUUUGAUAGGGAAAAUAUGCACUGUGUGCUUGAGGUCAGACCCAUACAUGCAAUUUAUGUUACAAAGUGUUAAUCUUUUUGUGUAAUUUAUUAAAACUUUCAAUAAAAGUUUUUUCUGAUUAAU